AUGGGUAACUGCAACUUUAAACUGUUAGAAAACAGUAUACCUUUGGAGAAAAAAUAUUGCACUCACGAAGGAGAAGAUGAGAAGAUUACAAAAAUACAAGUAGCAUGUUUUACUGGUGAUUUUGAUACCAUAAUUGAUUUAUUGCCACAGUUAUGUGAAACAGUUGUUGCGCGAAAUAGGGACGAUUUGGUUCAAUUAGCUUAUAGAAGUGGAGAUUGUAAUAUAGUAAGAUUAAUCAGAGAAUAUCAAAAUUCUUUCUGGAAAGAUAAUCAACUUCAAGGCGAUUAUGAAAAUGCUAAUCCACAAACGUCUGUUGAUCGUGCAGAUAUCGCGACAUAUAUGAGGUUCAUUAGUACAGCACCUUUCUUUAUUCGACCAUUAAUUCGUCUUACCAUCGAACAACAAUGUCUCAAUCAUUUUGAUCAAAUUGUUGAACUUACUAUACAGAAUCGCGGUGAUACUUCCUGCACAGACCUCAUAGAUUUAUGGGCAACAUUCAGAAGAAAGAUAUGCAUCAAAUCCUUGCUACGUAUUUAUACCUUAGCACAACCACCAAUGUCUACUAUUAUACAAAAUAAAUCAAGUGGUUACGCGACUUUGGUAUAUGUGAAUUUACAUAAUAUCGAAUGUCGACAACGAGCAUUUAAUGGAAUAUCAUAUCGUGGUGAAUUCAUUUCAGUCAAAGAUCUAGUUACAUAUAGUGGAGCAAAAGGAAAAGAAGCACUUGUCGAAAUCAAAAACUUUUAUUCAACAUCAAAAUUAGAAGAUGUAGCAUUAUCAUUUGGUGGAUAUUCAGAUGAAAAUAAUUACAAAUUUCCUGCUCUCUAUGUUUUCGAUUUCAGAGGUGAAGCAUGUUCAACUGCUAUUGACUUAGUAAAAGAACCUGUGAUAUCAAAAUUCCCAGACGAAGAGGAAGUACUUCUGCUGCCAUACACAAUGUUUCGAGUUGUCGAUGUACAUAAAGCUGGAUAUACAGAUAAUUAUGGUUGUAAUCGCUGGAUUAUUAAUCUUAAGAAUAUCAUUGUUCCUAAACGAAAUUUUAUGUCAUUUAUAUGGGAACGUACAGAUCUCAAGAAUAAGCCAGAAAUAUUUUGUACACUCAACUAA